GCAGCAGCAGGACAGAGUCUUUGGUUUCACGGAGCUUCGAGGAGUGACAUGGGGUCCCAGAGGAAUAAUACAGCUACUUUUUAACUGGAAAGACCAACUGGAUCCUCACUUAAGAUGGACAUGACAUCAACCCCGAGUAGUGUGGACAGCCAGGGGUUGUGUCCUGUCCAGGACGGUCUUGUCCGGGACGGCCCUGUCCGGGAUGGCUCUGUCCCGGACAGUCUUACCCAGGACAUCCCUGCCCCUCCCUCAUCUGCACACAUUCUGACCAACCCCACGGGCCCCUGUGGUCAAGAGCACACAGGGUCAGACAAAUCACCCUGCCCCAGCGGCUCAGGGGCCUCUGCACAGACAGACCCAGACUGUUCUUCUUCAGAUGGGACGGUGCCAUCGGUUAAACUCUCCUCAAAUCCCAAAUCAUGUGAAACUCAGAAGACUCCACCAAAGAGACGCUUUGCUUCUGUGGCCAAGAAAGUGAUUAUGCAGGAGAGACUGAGGAGAGCCGAGGAGGACGUGGACGAGGACGAUGUCGAUGAAGAACCUGAAGAAGAUCUGACAGUGGAACAAAUGCAGCUGAAGGCUGAAGAAGGAGACGCCAGGGCCCAGACCCGACUGGGUCAGCACUAUCUUCUCCUGGCUGAUGAGAAGGACACAGAGAAAAACAACCGUUUAGCUGUGAGCUGGUUCAUUAAAGCAGCAAAACAGGGAAGGAAAGGUGCUGCCAAGAUCCUGCGGCGCUGUUGGAUUCAGAAAAGGGGGAUUACAUCAGAGAAUGAAGCCGAUGUACGAAAGUUGUCAACUGAGAGUAAGUUUGAGCUGGCCGUGCGUAAAGCGGCCAUGAUGAUGUACUGGAAGCUCAACCCUGACAGAAAAUCAAAGGUCGCAGUGGCUGAAAUGCUGGAGAAUGUGAGCCAGGUCAACACAGCACCAGUAGGCGGCACUGCGAGCAUGAUCGACUCCCCAACAUCCAGCCAGACACAAAAAGUACUAGAAAGCAUGGUCAGCACAGAGGCCAAACAGAUGGUGGACCUGGACGACUUCGUGGAGAUGACCAAAAAUUACGCUCAAGGAAUUGUUCAGUCUACACCCGCAAACGAUGACACAAAGGAUACAGGGAAAUCCAAAAGCUCUGAGCGUUUAAGCAGCAGAUAUCAGUGUAAAGCGGAGUCUGCUCCUCCAGUUGGCAGAAAACACCACAGAAGCACAUGGGGCGGAAUGAUGCUAGAAACAAACCAGACGAUGGCUUUAAAAAGAGCCAUGGACAUGAAGUCACGCUUGGUGAUGCUGCAGUAUCCGUUGCAUGGGAUCAUAGAGAUUAAAGAGCGUCUCGUGGACUGGGCGUCUCGAGCAGGUGUCCAGUGGCUGAGCACCAUCAUCCCGACACAACACGUCAACGCGCUCAUCUUCUUCUUCAUCAUCAGUAACCUCACCGUGGACCUGUUUGCGUUCGUCAUCCCCCUGCUGGUGUUUUACCUGUCGUUCGUCGCCAUGAUCAUCUGUACUCUGCGUGUGUUUAAGAGCAGCAAGACCUGGGAGAAUUUCAAAACCUUGACGUCUCUGCUGACACGUUUUGAACCCGGGCUGGAUGUAGAACAGGCCGAGACCAACUUUGGCUGGAACAACCUGGAGCAGUACAUAUAUUUCAUCAUAUCGGUGUUCUUCGUCAUCUUCACCUUCCCUGUGGCGGACAAGGGCUGGAUCCCUUGUUCUGAGCUCUCCACCGUGGCCAUUUUCUUCACCGUGAUCAGCUACCACAGCCUCAGUCCAGCUGCAGCGAUGUACGCGCGGAAAGCCAUGCUCAUCGAGGUGGCGUCAUUUUUAUGUGGCCUGACGCACUUUUUGCCAGAGAAAAUGACCGCGUUGAGAUUACUGGGACACACGUUUGCCACGGUGCCUUUGGGGGAGUCUGUUGUGCUGAAGCUGAGUCUCCCCUGUCUGCUCUACGCUUAUCUGUUCUUUCUGAUAUUCAGAAUGGCCAUGUUGCGUGGAUUCCGAGGCACAUACUGCUUCCUGGUGCCGUACCUCGUGUGCUUCAUGUGGUGCGAGUUCUCCGUGGUCCUCCUCCAGCAUUCGUCCGCCGUGGGCCUGAUUCGCACCUGCGUGGCCUACUUCCUCUUCCUCUUCGCCUUACCCGUCCUUGCCUUCGGUCUCGCUACGAUGCUUUUCAUCCAACUCUUCAAAUGGUUCCUGGAGCUGGAGUUGACCAAAGUGAUCGUCACCUUGAUCGUGUGCGCCAUCCCCGUCACCCUGCGCCUCUGGACUCGAUUCAGCACCUCGAUUCUGGACGUCGCGAGAUCUUUGACGCACCGCGGACCCGUCAAACUCAUCCUACUCUGCAUCUCCAUGGUGCUGUUGUUUUUCGCCGUUUAUUUGUAUUACGCUGAAGGACAGAAAGUCUACAACUCCACUCUCACUUGGCACCAGUACAGCGAGGCGUGUGGGCCACCAUCUUGGAAGUCUAAAGGCAUGGCGCAAACUCAGAUCUUCUGCAGUCACCUGUAUGGACAUCGCGUGACCUGGACCGGGCGUUUUAAGCAUGUACGCGUGGCUGAGACUGAAAACGGAGCUCAUUCUGUUAUCAACAUGCUGCCUGUGUUCAUGGGGGACUGGCUGCGGUGCCUCUACGGAGAAACCUAUCCUAAAUGCGAACCGAAGAACGCCACAGCGCCCAACGUAACGGCCGGUUUAGCAGCUGAUACCGAGCCUCUCUCUGUGCCGUUGCUCCUCAAGAUGCAGGAGGAAGAGGAGCUUUGCGAGAUAAAAGCGUUGGCCAAACACACCUGCCACGUCAAGCGCUUCGACAGUUACCGUUUCGAGGUGACGGUGGGCAUCAUCUACGAAGGGCGACCUGAAAUGGAGGACCCAGCUCGAGAUAUACUUUUAAUGGCCAGUCAUGAGUUUAGGCAGGUUUUGUUCAAUUUAGAACCUGGAAAUCUGGUGGAGUUCAGUACCAAGCUGGAGGGGCGUUUAGGGGCCAAAGCUCCGGCGUUUGAGCUCAAGGCGAUCCACUGUCUGGACUGCACCUCCUCGCUGCUGACCGGAGGAAGGCAGGUGAAGAUCGAGAGGAACUGGAGACGCACCACACUGAGAGCGUUAAAGUUCGCGUUUGAUUUCUUCUUUUCUCCUAUUCUAUCGGCGAAAAUCUCAACGUAAAGAAGCCGUAAACACCAAUAGAUCAUUACGUGUAUUGGUGGGUCAUUGUUUACACUUAUUUUUUUUUAGUUUUAGAAGGAAAUACAACGAAAAACGAUUUUAAACUCUAAAAUCAAAAGAUAAUUACUGGUAUGUAUUUGUUUGUAUUUUCACAGAUGCGCAAUAGAAACAGAAAAAUCAGGAAAAAAUAUUGCUAUUGUAAAACAUGUAUUAAAAAACAUUCUUUAGACUUAAAAAUAUUUUCUUUUCAAAUUGAUCUUGUUCUGCUGUUUUUGAACUGUAAGUGCAAUAUUCCGAUUGGCCUUAGACGUGGAUUGUCUGUGUAAUCCCCCAGUCGUCCAAGUCUGAUUCAUGGCAAAAGAUUAAAUUAUAUCUGUCAACUGGACAAAAAGUUGUAGGAGUGAAGAUGUUUCGCUGCCCAUCUAAGCCGCUUCUUCAGUUCUGGUCAGAUUCCUUCUGGACACUGACUUAUAUCUGUCUGAAAGGAGGAGCUAACUACACUGAAACUGUAAACUGUAAGCUUUUGCUUCCAGUUUCAUCUUAAACGACCCUAUUCAACCUUUAACGACCUGCUAUUGUUCUCUUUCUUUUGGGUCUGAGGACAGAGUUGUAAAUCGGUGAGAGAUUAUGUCUCAGGCCUCCAUUCCUGUUUAAGGAAGGAUUGUCUUUCCAAACAAAAAUAGUUUCUUUGACUCCCUUCUUAAAGCUUUUAUUUUCUCUGGCUCAGAUCUGAACUUCACUGUCUUCAAAGUAGUGUUUAGUGUCUUUGAGAUGUAGAUGAACAGCAGACUGUGGUCCUGAGCUGCUCUCACGUCGGUGUCGGUUCAUUCUCUUAUGAAGUGUGUGUUUAGUUUCUCCAGUGUAACGCUCACUGCAUUCUUCACUACACUGAAUGGAGUAGUUACUUUGUUUAUGGCUUGCUGUUUUGUCCUUUGCGUGAACCAGUUUUUGUCUUAAAAGUAUUUGUAGGUUUGAAAUAGACCUGAAUCUCAUACUGUCUGAAAAUUCUCGUUAGCCCAUCCCUUCAGACAGAUAUAAGGCCGUGUCCACCAGCAAUCUGAUCAAAACUUGAAUGAGCAGCCAGACGUCUUCACUCCUACAACGAUUUGUCCAGUUGACAGAUUUAAUUUCAUCUUUUGCUUUAGACGUGGAUUGUCUUAAAAAAGAGAAAGAGGGACAUUUGACACAAAGGUCUGUAAUAUGUAAUGAGCUUUUAUAAAUUCAACUGCACUGAUUUCUGAACCUGCUUCUUGAUUUUCCGUGUUCUUACGUCAUGUUAAGUCUUAUCUCUGUGGCGGUUUAACAUUAAACUGUUCGCACUGAAACUU